AUGGACAUAUUAGAUCCAGUUACAAAGGAGAGUAUUCCCACUCCAUCACCAAAUCCACAAUCUAAACAAGAAGACCCCUCUUCUACAAUUGACCCAGUUGAUACAACAACCAUCGACGAUGAAACAUCUAAACUAAAUUCUAAAACUGAAGAAACGAUGGAAAAGCUUGAACAAGAAAUAGAACAUGCUUAUGAAUCAAUUGAACAUAAAUUCCAAGAUCUUUGGUCAAUUGCAUCCAAUAAUCUUCAAGAAAGAUAUAAUCUUGAAGAACAUAAAAAGAACUUAAUUAAUCAAUUAAAUUCAACUAAAGAAGGAUUAAAUUCAAAAGCUGCUAAUAUUAAUAUACUGGAGAAUUUAAAAUCAAUUGAAGAUCAAGUUAGGAAUUUGAAUUUAAAAGAUAUUCAAUCAACUGAUAUUGUUAAUAAAGCAAAUACUGCUUUAGAUUUUGUUGAUUCUAAAUUAGAAGCUAUUGAAAAUCAAGCUGGGAAAUAUUUUAGUAGUUUUGGUUCAUUCUUUUCCAAUGUCAUAUCUAUCAACCCAGGAUCAUCAUCAUCAUCAUCAUCAUCUGCGCAAGAAAUUGAAACAGCAAGAGCUUCUCAAGAUAACGAAGAUGAGAAGGUCUUAUUUAAUUCCAAUUUAAAUAAUUAUAACAAUUACGGUACUACUCGGUAUGAUAAUGAUUUAUUUAAGUUACAUACAACUCAACAAAGUUUUCUUAAUCUGGAAUUAGAUACUGAAGAAGAUUUCCAUAAUUUUAAUGUUGACGAUAAAACAAAUGAGAUUUCUAAUUUAUUAGAGAAAUAUCCAAGUACAUUAAAGAAAACUAUGAAUGAAUUGGUACCAGUUCAAUUAUCAUAUACUGUAUUUUGGUAUAGAUAUUUUAAACAAGAAGCCCAUUUGAAGGAAUUGGAAGAAAAGAGACAACAAUUGUUGCAAAGAGAUCAUUCUAAGGAUACCAAGACAGAUGAGGAUGAAUUCACUUGGAGUGACGAUGAUGAUGAAGAGGAAACUGAUGAAGUAGAAGAACUGGAGACUGAGAAACUGAAGGAAAAGUCAAAGGCAAAGCCCAAGUCAACACCUAUCGAAGUAGAACCUACAGAAACCCGAGACAAGACUCCACCAACCAAAGCCUUGCCUGAAGAAGACUCAAAGAAGACUCCUCCUAGCAAAGGAUCAACUGAAGAAGAGCGAGAAACUGCAGACGAAGAUGAAGAUGAUGAUUGGGAAUAG